GCGAGCCAGCAGGUUUCGCAAACGGGCCCGGAUCGCCGUUCGUCACGAUGACGGAGCCAAGAGUGAGCGUCCGCGGAGGCCGCACCGCCCGCAGCACCGACGUCCGCAAGACUCGGUCGCCGGUCGUCGCCACGCAACCGCCGCCUACGGAGCGCCGAAGCCAACGUCGCAGAGAUGAUGACGUCGUCGUCACUGUCGCCGAAGAACAGGAGGCCGGGAACGAGGCCGGUCCCGAGGGCGUCCCCGAGACACCCGUCGUAGCGACGGCAGUGCCUUUUCCCUCCGCUCCUGUCCAGCAGCAGCAGCAGCAACAGCAACAGCAACAGCAACAGCAAGAGCAACAGCAGCAGCAGCAACAACAGCAACAGCAGCAGCAGCAACGCAGGGUGCGCAAGCAGGCAACGCGCAUCGCCCACCGCCUACGGCAGCAACAGGAACGUCGAGACGCGGCUCUCCCCCGCGUUGUCGAGGCGGGUUUCGCUGGCCGACCCCCGCCCGGCGAGUCUUCCUCGAGCGCCCCGGGCUUCACGUGGGUGCUGUCCUCGCUGGCCGGUGCCUUCGUAACGGUCUCCAUCCUCAUAGGCGUGGUCGGCUUCUUCGUCGUCAACAUUCCUGGCGAGGAGCACCGCCUCGAGACAGUCGGUGGAGCGGACCAUGACCACACGCAUUCAUCGGAUGAUCUCGACGACCACUCGGGCUGGUCAGCAGCAGUCAGCGCGACCGGCAGCGGCCGCACGUCGGUCGUGUGCUACUGGAACUCGUCCAGCCUGCUGCGGGCGGCGCCCAAGGACUACGACCUGGGAAAGCUGUGCGCCCACUGCUGCACCCAUCUCGUCUACAUGACCGCCCAGCUGAGCCCCGACGGACAGCAGCUGCGGUUCCCCGAGGACGACACCGGGCUCAAGUCGGUGCGCGACAUGGACGCGUUGAAGACGAGCCACCCGCAGCUGAAGCUCGUGCUCUCCCUACGGCUGGAGGGAUCCGGGGUGCACAACCUGACCGUCGGCGCGGAGGCGCCGUCCAGGCGCUCCCACCUUGCCGAACGCGUGGGCCACUGGCUGUCCGAGUUCAACUUCGACGGCGUCGAGAUCGACUGGGACCGGCUGCCGGUCGACCUCAAGCCCGUCUACGUGGACUUCGUCAGGGCGAUGCGUAUCGCGAUGAAGAAGGUCCGCAUGCUGACCCUAGUCAGCGUCCACGUGAAGUGGGGGCCUUCGUACGACGUGGAAGCCCUGCACGGCUUGAGCGACCUGCUGAUCGUGCACGCGUACUCCAAGGAGGACUCCCCCAAGACCGCCAUACCGCCGAUCAUCUUCAAGGAAGACCUGGUGGAGGCGUGCGAGGCGUUUCUGGGAGAGCUACGCUCGCGACAACGGGUGGCCCUGGCGUUGCCGCUGUUCGGCUACGCCUACCGGCUGCGAAACAGCGCGCGGUACGAGCUGCACGCCGCCGUCCGGGGUCCCGCGCCUCCGGGACCGUUCACCGACGAGCGGGGCCUACUCGCCUAUUUCGAGAUCUGCCUAGAAUUCAGCUCCGACCUGUGGGUCUCGCUGUACGACAAGGAAGCCGACUGCAAGAUCGCCGUCAACAGGGACAAGGGACAGUGGAUCGGAUACGACAACAAGGCCACCAUUCUCAACAAGAGAAACAGGAUGAAGUUUUGGAACCAGCUGUACCUGCUGCUAUGGAAAAACUUUGUAAUACAUCGAAGACAAAAGGUGCGGGUGUGUAUAGAAAUAGUAUGGCCACUCAUCCUCUUCUUCAUCCUCAUGUGGGUCCGUACACGAGGACUCCGUAUUUACAUUCACGAGUGCCAUUUCGAUGCCAAGGCCAUGCCUUCUGCCGGCCUGCUGCCAUUUGUCCAGUCAACGGUGUGCACCCUCAACAAUACCUGCCACGGGGAGGCGCCCACUCAGAGCAGUGCUGAGCAGCAGUACAACACAUCGCUAAUUAUCCAGCUGGUCAGUGAUGUGAAUCACAUCGUAAAUGAACAUUUAAUGAAUGAAGACACAGUAAAUAGCAUCAAGCGGUUAUCCCGUGACUUGGAAACCCUCUCUUCAUUUGUAAAGAAGCUCACAGGUGCCCAGUUUCCGUUGUCUGGAAGGGUUGCCUUAGAGGAUGUUCUGAAGAAUGAUGAGGACACAAGGCAUGGUUUCGAAAGCCUAAACAUCUCAAACAAGGACUUCUAUCCUGCCUUCUUCAAGUCAAGUGUUAGCGUGCGGGCGCUUCAAAAGAUAUUUGACAGGGGCAAGGAGGGCAUUCGAGGCUACUUCUGCAAGCCGGGAGCACCCCAGGUGCUCUUUGUAGCCAGCACCCCAGAAGAGGGCGAUGAGCAUGGUCACCUGCAGCGUGACCUUUGCAAACUGCCUGCCGCUGAUGGCCGUGCCUUCACACUGCAAGUUUUGAGAAGCCUGAAUUGGACCGCUGUGCUGCACGAGGUGUCAUCUGUGAUGAAGGAAGGUGGCCACAACUUCAGCACAGCUGACUGGGUGACAGCUUUUCAGGCAGCUCAGGAUGCUCGCAAUGAGUUGUGGGCACUGACCAGUUUCCAAGAGCUGCUCAAGGGCUUCACCGAGAGAGUUGACCAACUGUCCGAACUCUUCACCUGGGGUCGCUCACGGCCCAAUGGCACAUUGGCAAGGGUGAUUCAGGUGUCGCUGUGUGGACGCAACAUGUCUUCUCUCCUGGACACGGAGCACGGCCCAGCCCAACGCUUCGAGGAGUUCCGGGAACAGGUCAACAGAAACCUGCAGGAACAGAAUGAUGAGGAUGUGGUCUCAGAAUACGUCUACGACAACACCACCAGCCCUCGCUGCAAUGCUGUCUUCCAGAGCUUCGAACGCAACAGGCUGAUGCGGUUCCUGUGGGGCCAGGUCAAGCCUUACGUCCGAGGCAAAAUUUUGUUUGCUCCCAACAAUGUGGCAACGCGAAGGAUCAUUAGCAAGGUGAAUGAAACUUUCGAGCCACUGAACCGACUGAUGAAUUUGGCUAACCGUUGGACUGUGGACGUCGCACCCAAGCUAGUACAUUGGCUGAGCAACAACUCCGCAAGGUUGGAACAAGUCAAGAAACUGUCCACGUCUGAAGGCCUGGAGGCAUUCUUCCUUGCUGGAGAAAAGGCAGAAAGUAAGGCCACCACAGAGGAACUUCCAGAGGCUGCCCGAGCUCAAAGUGUGCUUGAGUGGCUGCUCUCUGACUGGGACGGCCGCAUUGAGAGAAUUAACAAGGUGGCACAGGAAAUGUAUCACGUCUUUGAGUGUUUUGAGAUGGACCGGUUUGAGGGCUUCCCCUCUGAGGAGGCACUAAUGCCACGUGGUUUGACGCUGAUGCGAGAGAACAAGCUCUGGGCGGCACUAGUGUUUAGCGGAAUGAAGAGCUCCCAGGACAAUGAGGUGCUUCCGCCAUUCAUCCGCUACAAGAUUCGCAUGGAUGCUCGCAAAGUGGACUCAACAAAAAAGAUUGAAGACAGAAUUUUUCGGCCAGGUCCACGCCGUCGCCCGACCAUUGACCUCAAGUACCUGACAUUUGGCUUUGCCUACUUGCAAGACCUCGUAGAACACUCCAUCAUAGCACUACAGACGGGAUGGGAGAAGACAACGGGGGUCUACCUGCAGCAGUUUCCAUACCCCUGCUACAUCUUUGAUCAGUUCAUAGUGACAAUAGCAGAGUCCUUCCCCAUGUUCAUGGUGCUGUCGUGGGUGUACUCAUUCGCAAUGCUCAUCAAGAGCAUUGUCCGGGAAAAGGAGCUGCGCCUCAAGGAGGUCAUGCGUGUUAUGGGCCUGGGAAGUGGAGUCCUCUGGCUCUCCUGGUUCAUCGACGCAUUUGGCUUCAUGCUUAUCUCUUCAGUUCUCCUCACCUGCAUUCUCAAGUUUGGCCAGGUGCUGGACCAUUCAGACCCGGUGGUAAUCUUUGUGUUCCUGGCCUGCUUCGGGGCGUCCAUCGUGUGCAAGGCUUUUCUCGUGGCUGCCCUGUUCUCACGGGCCAACAUUGCGGCUGCAGCUGGCGGAAUCCUCUUCUUCACCUGCUACCUGCCCUACCCAUUUGUCAAGCUCUGGAAGGACCGCCUCAGUGUUCACCAAAAGAGUGCUGUUAGCUUGGUGCCUAACGUGGCCUUUGGCCUCGGCUGCAGCUACUUUGCUCACUUUGAGGAGGAGGGAGUUGGCGUGCAUUGGCACAACCUGCUCCGGGGAGGCCUACCUCCGGACACCUUCUCCAUUGCUCACGUCAUGGGCCUGUUGCUGCUCGACGCCGUGCUCUACUUUGUGCUCGCGUGGUACAUCGAAGCUGUCUUUCCUGGGCAAUAUGGAGUGCCAAAGCCAUGGUACUUCUUUGUCACCAAGUCCUAUUGGUGUGGUGGCUCACAUUGCGACAGUCCAAGAAAGUCAGCAUGGGAGUCGUGCAAUGGAACGGCUAGCUUGAAUGUGAAGACAGAAGACAUGGAGGAAGAGCCACGUAACCUGCCACUUGGAGUGCUUAUCCGCAAGUUGACCAAGGUGUACGCCGGUGCAGAUCGGGCGGCUGUUAAUGAGCUCAGCCUCAACUUCUACGAGGGUCAGAUCACUUCAUUCCUUGGCCACAACGGGGCUGGCAAGACGACCACUAUCUCUAUCCUAACAGGCCUGUACCCUCCGACACAGGGCACGGCUCAGAUCUAUGGAAAGGACAUCAGAACUGAGAUGGACAUCAUCCGUCGAAGCCUUGGCACCUGUCCCCAAUACAAUGUCCUUUUUGACAACUUGACAGUUGCUGAGCACCUCUGGUUCUAUUCUCGACUCAAAGGCCUUACUGCGGAUGCAGUUGAAUCUGAAGUUGACUCGUUUGUGCGCGAAUUAACCCUGGUCCACAAGAGGGAUGAAUACUCAUGUAACCUCUCAGGUGGUAUGCAGCGCAAGCUCUCUGUAGCCAUUGCAUUUGUUGGGGGCAGCCGCACGGUAAUACUGGAUGAGCCGACAGCCGGCGUGGAUCCUUAUGCACGGCGAGCGAUCUGGGACCUCAUGCUAAAGUACAAGCAAGGUCGCACAGUCAUCAUGACAACGCAUCACAUGGACGAAGCUGACCUGCUGGGUGACCGGAUCGCAGUCAUCAACGAGGGUCGCCUACGUUGCUGCGGGUCGUCAUUGUUUCUAAAGACUCGAUUCGGUAGUGGCUACUACCUGACCCUUGUGCGCCCAUCGCAACGAGCCAAGUCACUCAAGAGCAGGCCAUCUCCCACGGUGCCCGCUUCCAAGGAUGCGGUACAGAACCAGACUGAUGGAGCGAACAGUGAUUCAUCACAAAACGUCACCCCAUCAUCGCUUAUAUCACCAUCAUCUGCCGAGACACUGGACAAACUAAUCCGGAGACACAUCCCCAAGGCAGAGCUUGCCACAGACAUGGGCGCUGAUUUGUCGUACCGACUUCCAGCAAGUCCAGAAACAUACUCAUCCUUCGUGUUCCUGUGCAAGGACCUUGAUGCCAACUUGACAGAACUUGGCAUUACCAGUUAUGGAAUCUCUGACACCACGCUUGAGGAGGUUUUCCUACGGGUGACACAAGGUGGUCCCAACAUCAGAAGCCAAGCAAACAAUGAAGGUGAUCUUUACAACCCUGGGCCUGAGUCUGUGGAUGGACCGCCAAAGACCAGACUCCAGAAGACCUUGGACGCCUUAUGUCUGUGGUGUUUGUCCCUGAGAACUUCAGCAAAGACCAUCAGACCAGAUCCUGAAGAUGCAGCUGCAAGGCAGCACCUGGCAGCGGAGAUGCCUAAUAAUGCCAAUGGUGACAGCGACCUCCCCGCACCACCUGUCGUCAAGAAAGUAGCCGUGGGACCACUGCUUCAUCGACGUCAACUUGCGGCCAUGUACCGUCGUCGCUUCAUGCGCAACACCCGGAACUACAAGGGACUCUUCUGUGAGAUAAUCCUUCCUGCUCUGUUUGUGUUGCUGGCCCUGCUGUUCACGUUACUGAUCCCACCGAUGUCCGAAGAACCGCCUCUAGAGCUGACACCUUGGGUUUAUGGCCCGCCAAACUACGUCUUUUAUGGCUCUGAAGACACAUCCAGCCCAUUGGCAAAAAAGUACACAGAUGCCCUCCUGUCUAGAACUGGCCUCGGGGCACGCUGUGUUAAAGGGGAACCCCUGAGUGGCCUGGGUUGUGCUGACAUGGCGAAUGCAAGUGUCUCCGUGCCUGGUGCACCUUACGGCUAUGAAUCCUUCGAGGGUGGUGGUACUUGCACUUGUGCAAGCGGGGCACAGCAGUGCAUGCUCAACGCAGGUGGCCCCACACCGCCUGCUGUCCGCACUGCCACUACCGAUGUUCUGCUUAAUGUGACCGGCCGUGACGUCUCAGACUGGAUUGUUAAAACCUGGAAUCCCUACCAUAAGACAAGAUUUGGCGGCGUCCAGUUUGGAGUUAAAAAUCACCUGACUUCUAUCAACAUCACCGCUGUUGAGGAAGCUGUUUCUAAACUGGGUGCCCCUGGUGGUCUCAACCUUUCGGCAGCAGUCCUCACCUUGCGUCGUGGCGUUGACAGCUCCAGAGUGCAGGACAAUGUCAAGGUGUGGUUCAACAACAAGGGCUGGGUAUCCUCGGUGGCUUACAUGAAUGCCAUCAACAACGUAAUGCUACGGGCACACCUGCCAUCCCAGGCUGAUGCCAGCUACUACGGCAUGUCGGUCAUCAACCAUCCGAUGAAUUUCACUCAAGACCAGCUUCAGGACGAACUACUGAAGCGAGGUGGCCUGAGCCUGCUCCACGCGACGUGUGUCAUCUUUGCCAUGUCCUUUGUGCCGGCCAGCUUUGUCAUGUUCCUCAUCGAAGACCGCACCUCGGGUUCUCAGCACCUGCAGUUUGUGAGCGGCCUCAAGCCGUUCCUCUACUGGAUUGGCACCUACACCUGGGAUCUGUGCAACUACAUUGUGCCUGCUGUGUUGUGCAUCUUCAUCUUCAUGGCGUUCAAGGAAGAAGCGUACGUCUCCCACGACAACAUUGGUGGGCUGGUCCUUCUUUUGUUGCUUUAUGGGUGGUCCAGCAUUCCGCUGAUGUAUCCGUCGUCAUUCAUCUUCAGCGUGCCUAGCUCUGCGUUCGUCACACUUGCUUGCUGCAAUCUUUUUGUUGGCAUUGUCAGCACGGUCUCCACGUAUGUGUUGGAGCUUUUCGAUGACAAGGAGCUGCAAUCCAUAGCUCAAAUCCUGCGCAAGGUGUUCCUGGUGCUCCCACAAUACUGUUUAGGGAGAGGUCUAAUGGACAUGUUCUCUAACCAUCUCACAGCUGAGGCUCUAGCACGAUUUGGUUUGAAGACCUUCAAGCAUCCACUGGAGUGGGACUUCUUGGGCCUUAACCUCGUUAGCCUCGCUGUUCAAGGACUUGUGUACUUCAUCUUCACGCUGCUUCUACAGUAUCGUUUCUUCGUACGAAAGAGGCAGCUGACGGUGCCCUUUGACCCGAAGGAGCUUGCAGAUCAAGAUGUCACGCAGGAGAGAGACCGCGUGCUUACUGGCCAGGCAGAUGAUUCCAUACUCAAAGUGGUCAACCUUACCAAGGUGUACCAAGCUGGCCAGCACCCUGCUGUGAACCACCUCUGCAUCGGUGUCAGGGCGGGUGAAUGCUUCGGAUUGCUUGGAGUGAAUGGUGCUGGGAAGACUACCACAUUCAAGAUGCUCACUGGGAACACAGAAGUGACAGAAGGAAACGCCUUCAUUUCAGGCUACAGUAUACGCACCCAAAUCGAUUUGGCACGACAGAACAUUGGCUAUUGUCCGCAGUUUGAUGCUUUGGACCCUUUGCUCACGGGGUGGGAACACUUGGAAUUCUAUGCACGGCUUCGUGGAAUACCUGAGAAGUAUGUUCAGAAGGUUGCAGACUGGGGAAUUCGCAAGCUUGGUCUGCAUCGUUACGCUCACCGAUGUGCCGGCACCUAUUCGGGGGGCAACAAGCGAAAGCUGAACACUGCCAUUGCCCUAGUCGGGGAUCCGCCAUUGGUGUUCCUGGAUGAGCCCACGACGGGCAUGGAUCCUAAGGCUCGCCGUUUCCUGUGGGACUGCAUCCUGGACGUUGUACGAGAUGGCCGAUCAGUGAUUCUUACGUCUCACAGCAUGGAAGAGUGUGAAGCCUUGUGCAGUCGGCUGGCAAUUAUGGUGAAUGGGCAGUUUCGCUGCUUGGGGAGCAUACAGCACCUCAAGAACAAGUAUGGCUCCGGCUACACGGUGACUUUGAAAGUAGGCGGGACCUCGUCGGAGCUUUCCCAAGUUGCCUCCCUGAUGGAAAGCUCGUUCGGUGCCACCGACGCGCAACUCCGGGAGCAGCACCUAAAUCAGAUGGAGUAUCAGAUAUCGCAGAGCGUGCCGCUUGCGGUCCUGUUCCAACGGCUUGAGGCAGCCCGCGAGAGUUCGUCGCUUGACGACUACUCUGUCACGCAGACAACGCUUGAUCAGGUGUUCAUUAACUUUGCCAAGCAGCAAGGUGAUGUCAAAGGUGAGCAGGGGGACACGGAAAGCGACCUACCAUCUCCAUUGCCAUCUUCGCCAAAGGCCACACACCCUCCCACUAGCCCUGCGGUUGACAAGCUUACACCCAUUGUCAGCAUACGACCGGCUUCUGCUGGUCCCCUGUCACGAGGCCAAGAACUCAUUGAGCUUCCAGAAUGGAUCCGGGAGACUGACAUCGUGUGAAGCUGCAGGGCUGCACCACGACGUGUUUUUCCAGCUGUGAUAUCUUCCAUCAUCGAGUGCGCGACCAGUGGUGCUUUCUCCAUCCCUCCUCCUCAAGAACUGAGAUAAAGCCAGGUGUGAUUCAAGUGCAAAAGCACAGGUGUGUUCCAUCCAACCUCGUGAGACAGGCGGGUGAUACGUCUCUUUUCGGUUAUGCUGUUGUUGUUAAAACUUUUCCCACACGAUGCUCCGGUUCAACAUCCCUGUGAUCGUGCCCGCUACCAACAGGUCCCCACGGCUGGUGAACAUGUUAGUGGCACUGACUUCUUGACUGGAGAAACUGGCAGGGAUUUUUUGUGUGGCGUCAGCCUUCAUGAUCUGGCUGAAAGUGUUCAUUGUUGUUGCCACUUGCUGUUGUUGUGUAUGUAUGUACAGGGCAAGCACAAAUAAUCUUACCGAUUUUCUCUCUGCCUUGGUAGUUUUGGAGCGAAACUGCAGUGGUGCAACUAUUGCUGGCAGCUCAGGGAAUGGUAGAUUAAGGGGACAUUGAGAACAGAACCCAUCUAGCCAGAAGCCAGGACAAUUGGUAUGCCAGAACCCCUUCAUCAUUGACGCUCCACCAUAAAAAAAAAAGAGCUCUCGCUCUUUUUUUUUCUGGGCUGCAGCAACGACGGUAGCAGCUCUUAGUGGCUGCCAGUAUAGUUAUUAGAAGUCUCGCUGCUCAUACUGUGACUCUAGAUGGCACAUACACAUGUAUAAUUAAAGAAAAAGAAGUACAUUAUGUUGGCACAUACUGUGUUCCAUGGCAGUGGCCCCUUUUCACUCCUCAUAUGCUUCACCACUUACCAGUGCGGUAUAUCACAGCAAAGCAGAAUAAAGGGGAACGCCCCUUAUGAAAUGCAUAUUAGACCUUUGCCUCAUGCGCACCUCUUAAUGCAUGUCUUGAUUUGAAGUGAACUGAUUUAGGCUUACGCUGCCUAUGCACAAAUUGCCUGGAUUUUAAAUUGGACUUUGGCUAGCUGCCUGGUGGAUAAUGGCAAUUACAAUGCGACUGUGCUGCAUUAAGCGCAUUGUUGUUGUUGUCGUUUUUAUUUCUUCUUUUUUUUUGACGAUGUGGUUGAGGCAGUUUUUCAGAAUAUUUAUGGUCGUGUCCAUACAAUCGGUAGGAUUGAUCACAUUUCGGAAGCCUCCCGGACAAAUUGGGAGACUUUGCAGGCGUGAGUGACCAACAAUAUUAUGAGCGGCAUUUGGGAAGGUUUUAUAUGGUAUGCGCAUAGCCAGCAAGCUUCUACUUUUGUGAUAUCGCUUAUCUCCAAACUCUGAUUAUCUGGAUUUUAUUUUUUUCGUCAGGUUAUUACAGCUGUGAGUUAAUGGGGUUUUACUGUAAAUAGGUGAUGAGAAAAACUCUCAAAAUAUUAUUCUUCAUUUACAAAUGCAUAGUGUAGGUACUGCUAUUCACUACACACAAGCCCAGUUUAUGAUUUCUCUUUGCGCGUACACAUGCCAGAGUGUACCCUGUCUGUCACUGUCUAGCACAGCUGCCACCCAUGCCUUAAGUUUAUGAAAGGUGAGAUGGAAGCUACUAUAAGUACUUAUGAUUGUGGCAAGUUGAAGACAUCUUCCAUAUGAUUUCAUAUGAUUUUUCAUUUCAUGGAAUAAUAUUGAAGGAAAUGGCCGUACCUAUGUUGCCAAGUGAAGUCAUUCCCAAAUGCCAUCUGCCAUUCUCCCAAGCCAUCGGACACUAGAAAAACCAGUCAAAUACAUGGCUGUCAAGCCAAUUCUCAUGAAACUUGUUGAAUUAGUCUGUAAGAAUAAUAAUAAUAAUAAAUAAGUGACUGGUAUUAUUUUUGUGUGCGUUGCAAAGAGCAGAUGGGUGAUAUCAUUUCUGCUAGCCCUGUACUGGUUCUCACAGCCUGUCACAAGUUAUAAGUCUGACAAGCAUACUUGGUUCUGCAGUGUGAUGCUUUAUAAUGCAUCAUUAUGCUGUGCAAUCUUGAGGUCAUAAGUUGUCAUACUCGCUUCCUUUGGGUGCCCACCGGUGUUGCUUCGACAUUUCUGGCUGCCAGUGGAUUCUUAAAAAUUAUUUUGAUGUACUCGAAUCCAUUGGAAACUCAGAUAUGCCCGUGACUGUUGCGAUUGUGCUCAGCGACUUGCUAAACCAAAAGUCACCCAUGAUUGCAGACCAAACCUGAUUGCAGAUUAAAACCUCUCAAGAUUGCAAGUACGAAUCUGUGCCUGUCAAGAAUGCAAGUUAGAACCUGUGUAGACAUGUAUGGAUUGUGCAAAAUUAUGGUGAUAAGGUCUGUGAUUGUAAGGGCAUGUCUCAGACUCUUGAGUUUGAGUGAAGGCUUCCUGGUGUUGUAUAGUGUGCGUGAACUGCAGAGCGAGGUUUCCUAAUUGCAGGUUUGUCACACUGAGCUGUGCGAUGCGAUCUGCUGUACAAGUAGUGAGCCUGCCUUUGCUUGCAUUUUUUGCAGGCUUGGGAUUACAAUUUUUGAUGCAGUGCGACGUCUUGAUUUAAUCUGUGGCAUUGAAGAUGAACGCACAUAAACUUCAGGCCAGCAUUGCCUCUACUAAAAGAAUCGCCAUAGCCAGCAUUGCUAGCACUGAAAGAACGUUUGUUUUCUUCACUUCUCUGUACUUUAUUAUCAUGCCGCUUUCAGUAUGAAGUGGCAGUAGCGGGUGGUGCCUAGGAUACAUUUUUGGAUGCUAAGUGAGGAGCUGGCAGGCAUACAAUUAUGACCACCUUGACUUCAGAAACCCAGUGACACUUUUAAGAGUGAAGAUUUUGCUGGGAAAUACGAGCUAGCAAAAAUUCUUAAUUCAAAACAGUCUUGCAUAGGGAGUUUUCCUCUGUUAGUCAAGGUGUAUUAUCUGUACUGCUUUUGAUUAGGUUGAAAUGUACAUAACAAAUGGCAUUUUAGUAUUGUAACACACCAACCUGUAGGCAUACAGUGUGUUUUUUAGUGUCAUAACCAUGCGAGGUUGCAUUGUUUUACUCUUGAAUGAUAUGUCCAUUUUCCUACUGAUGACCAAUCUUCAUCAGAUUAUGUGGAAAUUUUGCUUUUGUUUGUUGACUUGAAAGCAAGUACAUUAGUAAAAUACAUAACACACUUUUCAAAGGAUUGAUCUUAGGAUCAGUAAUCAGAUCAGAUGAUUUCUCAGGUGUUGUGUUGAAAAGUGAUGCCUGAUAACUGCAACAUCAUGAGUAAACGUGGCAUAGAUUAGAGGCCCAUCUAGCUGCUCCUUUAUUGUUAUAGUGACUUACAGUGUAGUGUUUUCUGAAUAUUUUUUUUUUCAUGUUGCCAAUUUGUUGCAACUUUUGAUUCCAUUUUACAAGGUUCCUGAAUAGUAGUAGCUUUGAGGAGUGCUGAUUUUGCAUUAGUAGCUAGGCAUUCCUUUGUUGUUGUUUUUUUUUCAGCAUGGUGGUGAAACCUCAUUUUUUUAUAAUAUGUGUAUUUUACUUUUUAAUGUUUGUUUUGCAGCAGCAAUGUCUGAGCACCAAAAUAUUCUGAACACCAAAAAUGUUGGAUUAAGUGUACCAGAGAUGUUUAUUGACAUUUUGUAUCAUGUAUCAUGAUUAUGCUCCUGUGAAUUUCUUUCAUGCAAGUACUGUAGUACUGGGUGUCUACUAACCUUUCUGGUACAUUAGAGGCGUGUGCCAGUUAAAAAUUGCACUAGGAACUCCGCCCACACUACUAAGACUACUACUGCCAGCUGUAUUGUGCUUCAUAACACGCUGAGUGCACGAAUUGCAAUCCUUUUCCUUGUGAUUGGUGGUUGAGAGUGUCAAGGUUACAACAAUCAUUAGGUAGGAUUUCCUUUUUUACUGGUACAGAACUAUUCUGUUACCACAGUAUAAUGAUACCACCAGCACUUGAUGAGAAAUACUAUAGGAACAACAAAUUGCAUUAAAAGCAGUAGCUACUCCAGAUGGCAAAGACGUAACUGUACCCUAAAUGUACAAGGGAAUUCCCUGCAGUAAAGGUAUAAGUGGGAUCAUUUUUAAUGUAGAAGGGAAUUCCCUGCAAUAAAAAUAUAAGUGUAAUCAUUUUUUAAUCACCUGGUGAAAAUUCAUUUUGUUUUAACUCAGUUCAGUUAAUUUCAUGUUCCAACUGUAAUUGAUCGGCAGAGUAGUUCAAUACCACGAGCUGACAAGGUCACUGGAGAAUAACGAUGUUUGCAAGAUAUAUGCAACUGAUGCAGCAUAUUAUGGACUCAUUGUGCUCCAUAUUGACGACUGGAAGCAAUUUGUCCUUUAAUAGAAGUGUGUGCAGGAAGUUUAUGAAGUUUAUGCUUGCACCUAAACCUUCAGUUACAUUUAAUUCCUUCAUUUUCAUAUUUAAUUCGCUGUUAAGCGUAUGCUGUGCUAAGUCUAGCUGACAGUUUUGGCGAUCACCACAUGCUGUUUCAACCUUCAUUAUAAGAGGAAAGGUGCGUACGCUUAUAAGUAGGUAUGUUCUGGUAUUGAUGCACCAGUGCACUUUAUGUGGGAGCCAGUUUUACUUUUCGAGUACUAGUGCAGAAAGUUUGUGCAGUCGUCGUUUAGUGACCACUUUGCAAUGUUUUGACAGUAUAGUGGCCUAUGCUGGUUGCAACUUAUAAGAGUUUACAUCCGUGUUACGAGUGCCAGCCAAGCUCGUUAAUUUAGCUUUACAAUGCAGCCGUACAUUUCCUACUGCCAUAGCACAGAGCAUAGUGUGUAGGUGGCACUAGCGUAUGACUCAGCUAUUAAGUGAGCUGAUUGUAAAGAGGUUGUUUGUGAAGAGGUUGUUGAGGGCUGAAAAUUUCUAGUGUGCUUGUUGCACGCAUUUUGGAAUGCAACUGUAAUGAUAUGUAGUGUUAGCCAUCACUUGGGUUGAAGGCAGGCAAAUAUUGUACGGAAAAAACUAGCAAGUGUCAUCAUGGUGUCAGCACCACUCCUCAGACCUGUAGUGGUCUUGUCGUUUGUUCAAGGCCCAUACUGGUAGUUCCGUGUAUUAAGGCCUGUCUGUACAGCGCAUUUGCAUCAUAGAAUGUUAUCGUUGUUACAUAGCUAAUGUACCCUGACCACAAGGCUUCAGUACAAGAAUAUGGCAUCGUUGCAACAGCCUUUAGCCGCUGUAGGCUACCUACAAAAAGGGAGAGGAAAUGAUUUCUAGAUGGUCUAUUUAGCAAAAGCAUUUAUAUAAAAGCAGUGUUAAAAGCCUUCACAAACAACAAAAGAGGGGGUGGGAUGGCAUUUUUGUUAAAAAUUCAGCAGACAACUUCGAUAAAUGUAUGAAAAAAAUGGACCUAAUUAUGUUGAACUACUAACGAAACUUUUAAUGAUGACCGUGAGGUAUAUGUAAAGAAUAGUGGCAAAAUAAAGAUAAACAUUGAUCCAUAUAUCUCUAAACACCGUCACUCCAACCAGACGUGAAGGUAAUCCCUGUCAUUCUUUGAAUGGGUUCAUUGAUUAGGCAUUCACACACUUUUUGCCAUAACAAGAAAAAAGAUUACCAUCGCAGUUUUAUUGGACUAGAAAAUCAAUACACGCAUUAGAAUUCUUUUUUUUUUCACAGUCCUACAUCUAUGGUUCAGGACCUCGUAAUUAAAGAUGUACAAUCAGCAUAAAAACUUCACAGACCGCUAGAUCCUAGGAAAGGCUGAAUAUUUCUGCAGUAUGGGCAUGCAAUCUCUUAUUAGAUUUCUGGCUUGUGUUGGCAUAUGCAGACAGUAUAGCUCUGUGCAGUUUUACUGGCUACAGUCACAAGCUGCUAGGAAAUUCAAUGUUUUCUCAGAUCCAGCUGUUCGUAAAAAUUAAAAAUAAAAGUUCGUAAAAGUUACAGCCGACUGUAGUUGGUAGUCCACCAGCGUACAGUCUUAUUCUUUUUUUUUGGGUGUUGUCCAAGUUGUCCGCUGAAUUCCAGAAAAUUAAGAGUCUGCUAUCUCUGUUGAGAGACAUUUUUCUAGUAAGCUUGCUCGCUUGACAACUAGCAAAGUCUCAUAUACAUAUAAGAAUGGUGGAAACAGAUUAUUCAUAACCCGAUACAUUUGUACUGCAUUUCAAAACACAGCUCGACGUGUGAGCGAAAGCCACAAUGAACAAAUACAACCAUUUUCCCCUCUCACUGCAUAGCAAAUCUCGAAGCAUUAUAUUUUUUCAGAAUGUUGAUUUCGACAUGCUGUACAGUUUGUCCCUGUUAGGGGCAAGCAUUGGUAGGUGACUAUGCUUUUAUUGUUGUGUUUUAUAGUUAUCUCUGGACAAGACAGACGUGUGAGCUUAGGUGUUAACUAUGAGAUGUCAGAGCCUUAGAUGUGUUGUAUAUAUGUGCAAUAGCUUUUUAACAAUGUGACUUACUGUGUACGAUUUUCAAAAUGCAACUAUUUCGUCUGUUCCUCUUAAAUUUGAUGGUUUUGCUAGGUGAGAUCUGCCUGCAGCAAUACAACCAACACACAUGCCUAGUGUUGGAGAUUGUUCAUUUUACUUUUACCGACUGCAUACAGCUAGUCGUAGAACGUCAUUUCAAGUGACGGACACUCUAAGGACUCAUUACCAUAAAAAAAAAAAAGACAGCAUUUGUUUUUGGUUAUGUCAAUGGCCACGUAUAUGAACCUGUGAAAACGGCAUAUUUCAGUAUUGUGUUAUAUGUAUUCAUCCCACCCGGACACUUGUUACAACUAUUAAGUGCGAACGUGUAUAGCUUAUUAUGUUUCUUGUGCUGUGAUAAACACGCAUUUGCUUCUGACAUUCAAGGGUGCACUUUCUAUUUUCUGGGAGUCACUUCAGUGCAAGAAAAGUAUGGCAGUGUCAUUUUGUCAUAGCGGUCACCUUGUUGUAAAUGAUGAUCGAGGGCCACACCGUUUCUUUGGGAUCUAUUCCUGUCAUUCUUGUUGCGUUCACAAACCACUUGGUACUAACUAGCUGGUGUGUUCUGUUAUAACGCAACAUUUUGCUGUGCGUGCACGACAUUUUAAUCUACACUCAUGAACACGUCUCAUUUAUGCAGCUGCUUUAGUGAUCCUGUGAUUUGUUUUGUUGCAACUUGGUGGAAGUAAAGGUACUGUUCUUUUUUUAUCAGCA